GACGGAAGUGAACGAGUUGUGGAGUCAUUAUCCUUGAUCGAUGCAGUUGUGCCGGACGUAAUAGAAAAGCGAAAAAAUUCUUUAAAACAGCAGCAUCACCAAGUUAACUCUUUGCCUCUAACCACCAAUUCACACAACGCUAGCUGCAAUAAUCCUUCAGGUAUUCAAACUGGAGGCGGUUGUGGCAGUAGUAUAAAUUCGACCAAUAGUGGAUCUACUUUUUCCCGUGCAUCUUCCUUUCCCUCUGGAGCCAUUGCGACUUCUCAGGCUGUUUCAAUCAAUAGCACGAUUACGAAUCCAUCAGAUGGUUAUCUGGUAAAUGCAAACAGCCUAUCUGUAAACAGCGCUGAUCAGAGGGUCAAGUUAUCCUCUUCGCCACCCAAUAUCCAGCAGUCCCCUUCGCAGACCCAAUAUCCGGGCUCCUUUCCUCCGCAAUCAAUUUCAAAUAUCCUUCCUGUGUCAUCGAUUCCCCUCACUGUAAAUGCCUCGCCUUCAAUCCAUCCUAACCAUCAUCCGAAAGCAAGCGCCAACGCUGGAGGUGUUGGUCAUCAGCAUCAUCAUCUUCCACAAACUGGCCCAAAUCCUGCUCCGCAACCUCCUAAUUCCAAUCUUUCCAACUCCGUUGUCUUGAUAAACGCCGCUUUAAGUAAUUCUAACGCUCAGAUAAGUGGUGGUAAUGCGGGAAACCCUGCUGUUAUUGGAAAUACUGUGGUUCACAAUGCUACGACCAACAAACUUAUUCCUGGUCAAAAACAUCUGAGUGGAACUGUUAUAUCUAUUCAUACGAAUGGAGACAACCACACUAAUGCAAUCGGAUAUUGGCUUCGCUAA